AUGGAACCACCUCGAAUCGAGAAUCCGCUCCCGAACGUUUGUAUACGUGCCGGAGAACACCUGAAACUGCAAUGUCAAGUGGCAGGAGCUCGACCGACGCUCGUCUGGCUCCAUAAUUCGAGAAAUCUUGCUGAUGCGAGAGAUGUCCAUAUCAAUUUUUCCGGAGCAACUGGGUUGUGUUCCAUCGAGAUUAGAGAAGUAUUUCCACGACAUGCAGGGAUAUACACUCUCCUAGCUCGGAACGCGGCCGGCGAAACCUACACAUCUUGCAACGUCACCCUAGCCAGUAGACCUCCACCAGAGACGAGUGAUUCAGAACUCACUUCGGAUAUCGAGCUAUCAAAACCUGUCGUUCGCCAAGCGUUGAGGGACCAGAACGUCGCAGCGGGAACCAAGGCUUGUCUCCAGUGUACGAUAAUUGGAGUACCUGAGCCCGAGGUCAUUUGGUAUCAUAACAGCAAGCCGAUCAAAGAAUCGAGGGACUUCAAAUUUUUAUUCGAGGGAGACCGUUGCUCACUCGUCAUUCCCUGCGUUUCGGAAAAGCAUCAGGGUAACUAUCGCUGCAAAGCCCUCAAUCCAGCAGGAGAAGCUUCAUCGAACUGUAAAGUCAAAGUCACAGGCAAUCCUCCGAAAGAAUCCCUCUGUAAUCUGACGCUUCUAGGCUCGACCCCCACGAUGGAAGUCGCGACUGCAGGCCAAAGUCGAUCGCUGAGAAUCAGCCGUAUGUUGAGCGAUCUUCACGCAAGACACGGGGACCAUUUCAAACUCAUAAUCGAAGUAGAGAGCUCGGAACAACCCGAGGUUAUAUGGAGUUUCCAGGGGCGUCCGAUAUUACUAGACACAGACUUCGUCUUCGAUCAGAUUGGUAAAUCCUACAUCCUCGGGAUUCCGAGGUGCACUCUGGAUCACGCUGGGACAUACAGUGUCGAAGUGCGCGAUCCGACUGGCAGUCGUCAUUCGUCGUGUCGAGUCACCGUGGACCCGCCUCCAGAGGACUCGCUCGCUCUGAUUAGAGCCGCUGGCGGAGCUAGCGACGUUGUCUCGACCCAAGUCACGAAAUCAUUCGUUAGCUCGAAGAAGACUAUGCUUAUGCAGAAAGUCUCCGGCUCGAAAACGGAGGUAACGUCAGAGGGUCGAACGGUGCAAUCCGAAGAACACCAAGCUGCGACCACUGAGAAACACGGAUAUGAGAAGAUCGGAGGGAGCGCUCCCCAAGAGUAUCACUCGAAGGAAACAUUCGGUUUCGAUCGAUUGGGCUCGAAUCCGCCUCAGCAUUUCCACACGAAGGAAGUUCGGGACAACAGAAUCGAAGGGACGCAGACCCAAUUGGCUAUCGAAGGCGAGGCUGCGGAAGGCUCACAAGCGUCUGUUCUCCCGGUUACGGAAUUGGCUGCCCAGGCUGUAAAUGUGACCACAAGGGUUUCCGAGCCGCGUCAGGUGUCUGUCCUCCAAAGAUCUGGCUCAGCCCAUAUCGCGCCGAAGUUCACAAAGCCAGUCGCAAGUGUUGCAGUCUUCGAAGGAGAGCCGCUGAAGUUGGAAGGAUUUUUCACCGGCCACCCCGAGCCGAUUGUUAAAUGGUCUCGAGGAAGCACAACCCUGUCGAAUAAAGCUGAGCUCCAGAUCUCGGUGAAGGAAGGCUACACCAGCUUGACUAUUCCGAGAGCCAUGCUGAAAGACUACGCGAGAUAUACGUGCGUUAUCUCGAACGAUGUGGGCAGCUCAUCGAGCGCAGCCGAUGUCGUGGUCCAAACUAAGCGCGAAGCUCCUCAGUUCACGAAACGCUUGGAAGCCAAGGUCUACAAGACUGGAGCGGAUAUAACGCUCGAAGUCGAAGUGAGCGGGCUGCCUCAACCAGACGUCAGAUGGCUCCGAGACGAGAAGGAUUUAAAAACAACCAGCCGUUAUAAAAUCCUCAGCUCUGGCAGCAAGCACACACUCAGCAUGCGCAAUGCGACUGCACUCGACUCUGGGAGGAUCACCGUUCUGGCCACGAACGUGGCAGGUGAGGCGCAGUCGAUCGCAGACAUCUUCGUCGAAGAUGAUGUCCCGUCCGAUGAAGAACGCGAGGUGUCCAUUCGAGAUUAUCAUAUCGAGGAUGAGAAGAAGAUGGAACGUACGUUGUUCAGUGCAUUACUCAGCAAAUCCUACGAGUCAACGAUGGAAACUUGUCAACUAACCAGUCCAGAUCCGCCCUCGUCGACGUCAACAAGCAUGCCCAUCGCGUUCACAACACCCAAUAACACCACAGAGACCUCAGUGACAUCGGUUUCGUGUUACACAAUCCCGGGUCUGUCGAACACUAUCAGGUCCCACUCUGACGCAAAGGUCGAUAUUCUGAGGCCCGCUGACACGCUAAGCUCAUCUUCGGAACUCCGGGAAACGAAGUACACAGUCUCUCCCCGAGCCACGCGAAUCGAAAACCACAGCAACGUGUCAGACUCACGGCAUUCGAUCCAAGAGCAACAGACAGAGUCAUCGGGUGAGACAUGUAUCACGUGCUCUAAGAAAUCAUCCGAUUUCCGGUGUGAUUGCGACGAAUCGAAGAAACACGUCGAAGAGAUCGAAAUCGAAGUCAAAGGUGCGAAGGCGAGCGCGCCGAUCGAGGAGCACAUCCACACUGAAACUAGAGAGACCGUCAAGACCAGUACUGAAAAACGCGUUCUUUCGAAACCCGGUUCCGCCGCGAGGCCCGAUACGGUGAUCCGUAUCAAGCUUUCUCCCUGUCGUUGCUCUAGCGAAUGCACCAAGCGUUCGACUACCUCAGAAGAAACCUCGAGGACGACGGUACACGAUCAGAGUUUGAUAUUGAAGCGCACCAACGACCCUCGCGAUCAGAAAACGCAGACAUUCACCGACGAAAACUUAGAAAUUCACAGAUCAGGGAAAUGUUCGAAUUUUUGGCCGGAGUCUCAGAAGAAUCAAGUGCCGGCAGCUGGUACGAUCAUUCCUCCUGGGAAGGUCGAAGAUUUGACCCGAAAGACGAGUACGACCAUUUCUUCGGAAUCGAAGAUCCUGGAGGAGAAAGUGACGAGUACAGAACGGAGCGCCACUUCUGCAGCUGUCGAUACACUCGUUAAAGAGACAGUCGGUCACACGUCUUGGACACCAACUCCCCCUCUACCGCCCGUGGCGAGUAAGACGAGAGCGAAACCAAGUAGACCAAUUAUAGUUAAAGUGCCCGAAGUAGAGAAGGAAAAACCGUCAGCACCAGCGACAGAACACUCGGAAGAGCCUGUAUAUGCGAAAAUUCGAUCUCAGCCAAAUCACACUGAAAUUCAGACCGCGAAACCGGUGUCAAAGAUUAACACACGUAGUGAAACAGAUAAUCGAAAGUGGUAUGCGAAUGACAUCGAGGAAUCAAAGGUGACCGUUGUGCAAGCCGAGCAUCUGCACCGAGAGAACACCCUGCUCAUCGAGAGGAACGUAACGCCGAAAGUCCCUGCUCUGCCGGCGCCAUCAUCGACACCGCAAGCGAUCGAGCUUACGCCCUCGCCGCUGCCGGCAGAAGUCCCUUCCCGGUCAGAGACUUCGAUUGACGAGCGCAUCGAGAAGCAGGUUCACAAAUCGCAGAAGAUUCUCGCCCGACAGCAGCAGUUCAUCCAGCAGAACGUGACCGAAUCGAUUCGUUUCACACCGACACCGCCUCCUGAUUCACCGAAGCCACGCGUCGAGCUUCCCGUGACGCCAUCUCCCUCGCCAAUUCCACCCGCAGAGCAAGCCCCACCGCGGCCGCCACCGCCAAGAGCGACACCGCCUGCGCCUCGGCUCCGAACUCCAUCACCCCCACCGCGGCCCCCAACGCCCCCAAGGAAGAAAUCUCCGCAGAAACCAUCGGAGAGGGUUUCUGAACCUAAAGUGCCGGAACCUGCGGGGAACUUACCGGCGGUGCGUCCAGAGGUACCAGAGAUGGAACAAAUCGUCCAGCAUCGAGCAAUACAGAGUGUUCAGCAGCAAACCCAGAUCACCAGGAGACAGGAGAUCAAGACGGUGGUCAGCCAUCAGCAGAAGCAGCAAGUGGAAAUGCGGAAGAUCGAGUCGAACUUCCAAGAAGUGCCGCGUCCAAUCAGAACCUCUUCUCCACCGCCAUUCGCCAUUGAGAUGCCGUCAGUCAAGAGCAAGAUCAUGACAGAACGGAAGACGGAGGAGAGGACACAAAUGGUCAAGUUGACACCUCCAACUCCGGCGCUUCCUUAUAGAGCACCGGAACAAUUACCGGAAGGAGCUCCAGUGGAGCCGAAGAUACAGCCUCAGGUCGAAGCGCCUGCUGCCUUGCCUCCAGCGGAACCGAAAAGCUCCGCUCCCCCACAGUUCCGGGAUGAAAUGCUGAGUUUCAGAGAGAUAAGACGCCAGGAAGAGGAGCGAAUCCAGCAGCAUUGUAGGAAAAUCACUCUCAUCGAGCAAAGGGAGAGGCAGACGCAGAGACAAGACAACAUGACCCGAAUCGAAACGGUGUCCUUCGGGAAAGCGCCCGUUCCCAUCGAACCCCCGAAGAUUCAACAGAAACCGAUCGAAUGCAAAAUGGUCACAAAAAUUGUAGAAACUCCGAAGCCCCGGGAUUUCGAGGAGGCUCUGAGCGAGUUCUACAGUGUUUACGACGAGAGCUACAGACGCGUCCGGACAGUCGUUCGGGAUGAUCGCACCCAGUCUCUACCGCCUCAGAAGAUUCCAACGGUUUCGCUCCAGCAGCUGGAUGUUUCCCGUCGAGCACCGCCGCGAAGAUCGCCGGAUCCAAUUUGCCACAUUGAGAGAAGGGACACCCAUCUCCUUCAAGAAAAACGAGACCUUCGAUCAACUUCUCCGGUCUUCCUACAAGAGACCAUAAAGACGAAGCCGAAUGCGCCGUCGCCGACUCCGGUCUGUGCGGUUCAGGAGAUCGAUCUGCUCAGGCGAGAUCCUUCGCCGACGAAAGAUCCGGUCGAUAUCCUGAACUACACAUCUACCAUAACGAGGAAAACCUAUACGCCUGAGCCGGUAAUCAUCAUUGAGAUCCGAGGGUCGUCGCCCCAUGGGACUCCUAAUCGAACCGCAUUCCAGGUGCAAAUGAUUGACUUGCGCGAGACGAGAAGCGUACCUCCGCCAUCGACGACACCCUUGUGCCAAGUCCAGGAAAUCGAUCACAGGGUGACUGGCGUCAAGAGGGUCGAUACCACAGUGCUCGUGGAGAUGACCGAAAGAGAGAAACCACCAAGAGAACUCCAUGUCGAGGAAUGGGGUGGCAAAUACUCAGCCGUCGACAAGGCCAUCCGUAUCGACGAGUCGCAGCGAGUCACUCGUGCUCCGUCCAAGUCGAACAAUGUCCGCAUACUAGAAGACACUUCGCCCUCUGUCGUAAUUCCGCAGAAACUUCAGAAUUCGCUCGUUUCGUCGACAGUUUCAUCCUCGACUUACGCACAGCCAGUGGACUUGUCUCGGAGAUGCCGAAGCGUAGACAGGAAUGUGCUUUUGACAGAGACAAUGCGUCAGAGGAACGAAGCAGUAGAAAUGGUGGAUAAAUCGUGGAUCCACGAGCGUCGCUCGGUUCCGAGGGAGCCCCCACCACCGUCGGCAACUGUGUACAUCGAUCAGCACACAAAAAUCAUAUCCGCACCUCCGACGCUUCCAGCUCAGGCUCUGCCUUCAUUGCCCAUAGUGCACCGCUCCGACAAAAUUUCGACGGUUUCCGUGGACGUUUCCAACGUGUCUCCCGCUUUUCAGUUUCAAGAGAUCCAUCACUCGUCAGGAUCAACGCGACAGCUAUACCAGCUCCAGCGACUACCUCAAGACGACUUGAUGUGCGCCACGUUUAUCCUCAGGAGCCCCUCUACCGAACUCUUCCGGCGAAGAGUUUUGCGCCAAAGCCAGCAGUACCAGCUGUCGAUUACCUCUCAAUGCGUCAGUGCGGGAAGGCGGAACCCUCCGAGCUACAUGAUGAGUCCUCCUGUGUUCACUCGUCAACCUACGGGUGGUCGAUUCAUCGAAGGAAAAGAUGCAAGAUUCGACGCCGUCGUCCGCGGUGAGCCCAUGCCCCAGCUUGUCUGGUCGAGGAGAGGGCUGCCUAUAAGAAACGACCACAAGCGCGAAACCGGUUAUAAUUCCAUUACUGGAGAGACAUAUUUGCUCAUCCGUGCCAUAACUUCCGAUGAUGAUGGAGAGUACACGUGCACGGCGGUGAAUGCUGCAGGAGAAGCCGUCCUGGUAGUAGCGGUCGUGAGAGAUAUAACCGCUGGUCAACAGAUGAUCCAGCAACGGUCCCAAAUGAACACGCUGCAAUCGACACAAGUCCAAUCAGAGGUCCCAGCUCAAGUAGUCAGAUCCUCAUCGACUUUAUUCAGUGAUUCUCAGUUCUACCACAAUGGAUCUGAGCAAGCGUUCCACGUCGACGCGUUCGAAUACAGACUCCUGCGUGAAGAUGAGUUCCGGGAGAGUUUGUUCUCUUCCACCGAUACUACCGAAUACAUCGAGGUUGUUCACAAGUCGAGACCUCUGGCACCGCCCCAGAUCCAGGGUCGGCCGAGGAACUCAAAGCUCAUCUGCGGCUCCGACGCCUCUUUCCAAGUCCGUGUCCCGGGAAACCCUGAUCCAAGGAUAAGCUGGUUCAAGAACGGCCGCCGUAUCAUGUCGUCGACCAGGCAUAUCAUGUCGUACGUCGACGGUAUAGCGACCCUCACGAUUCGUAACUGUCAGUCGGAAGACGCCGGUUACUACACGAUGCUAGCGGAAAACUCGAAGGGUCGAGUUGCGACGUCGGUUCAUCUGGUCAUCGAGGACUUGACGAGGUACCAACAACAGCAGCAACAACAACAAUGGUCACAACACACAACAACGACACAUGUGCAGGCCACCUUCAGCCAGGACAACGCAAACCUAUACCAGGCGCAUACACCGGCGGAGUAUCGCUUACCGACGAAUCAACAGUGGAUCCACGGAGGAACCGAGGAUUCCGAAGCUCUGAAACCCACAUUUGUAAAACUGCCAUGCAACAAAGACGUCACCGAAGGCCAUCAGAUACGGUUCGAUUGCCGAGUGACAGGCCGACCCGCUCCGGAGGUUCUCUGGUUCCGUGAUGGGAGACAGAUAUGCGACGAUAACGCUCACAAGAUUCUAGUCAAUGAGGGCGGAUUGCACGCACUGCAAAUCAAUGAUGCGAAGGUUUCGGACUCCGGGGUUUGGACUUGCGUCGCUCGGAACAAAAGCGGUGAAUGCAAAGCCGAUGCCGUUCUGACAGUUUUCGAGCGAGAGCUGGUUGUACCUCCGAAGUUCGUUGAGCGCUUCCAACACACAACCAUCCAGGAAGGCGAUCCUGUCAGCUUGUACUGUCGAGCAGUCGGCACACCGAUGCCUCAGCUGCUGUGGCUGAAGGAUGGGGAACAGAUUCAUUCAACGCCCCCUCACGUGAUCAUCGAGUCUAGCGAUGGGGUGUCCGCUCUGCAUAUUCAGAACGCGUCUCUGAGCGACGGAGCCUGGUAUCAAUGUACCGCCACGAAUCAGGCCGGUUCCACUGCAACUCGGGCGAGACUCCAUGUCGAGAUGAUCGCGCGCAAACUCACUGAGCCGUGGUCGUUGAAUCUGCCGCCUGCCACGACCGUGAUCGAGCCGGCGAAGCCUCUUCCAUCCGAGACUGUCGUUCUAAAGCACUGGGAGAAGCCGAAAUCUGCCGACGUUCCGAUACGGGAGGAGGCCGCCCCGCAGAAGCCAGCGUUCACGUCUCACAUCCAGGACAUUGUCAUAACGGAAGGCGAGAAGGCCCAUUUUGAGAGCCGCCUCGUUCCUAUCGGAGACCCGACGCUAACGGUGGAGUGGUUCGUCAACGGACGGUCCAUCGAAGCCAGCUCGCGAGUAAUGACGGUCAACCGCUUCGGCUACGUAGCUUUGACCAUGCUGAACGCCUACGCCGAAGACGGAGGCGUUUAUCUUUGCAAAGCGAGAAAUCAGGCUGGUGAAGCGACGAUUUCUGCGUCCCUGAGAGUUCUUCCCCGUCCCGCCUUAGAAACUACUACUAUCAAUACAGAUUCACUGCUAGCCAUCAAACAACUCGAAGAAUAUGAGAGAUUCAAUAAACAAAUGGUCGAGGAAUCUGGACCACAACAGAAACCGACUUUCAUCAAGCCGCUGGAGAACAUCGAGCAGCGUGAGGGCGGUUUUUCAAGAUUCGAGGCUCAAUUGCAGCCGGUCAACGAUCCGACCAUGAGGGUCGAAUGGUUUUUCAACGGAAGACCACUGACAUCAUCGUCGAGGAUCAAUACUACAUUUACCUUUGGCUAUGUCGUCUUGACCAUAUCGUCUCUCCGUUAUGAGGAUUCCGGAGUGUAUAUGAUCAAGGCCACCAACGCCAAAGGAGACGCCCUAUCGACUGCUACCCUCAAGGUGAUCGUCGAAACUCAGACAUCUCAAUACGGCGGCAUGGAGGAAUCGCAGAGAUUCAUCCAGGAAACCCAAUUUCUCGAGAGCCGCAGGGAGACUCAGCAAAGGAAACAAGAAUGGCAGGAACCGGAAGAACUAUCGCAGCCACCCGUUUUCGUCACACAACCGCGAGAUCAGCAAAACGUACAGGAGGGCAAGACUGUACUUUUUGAGGCGCGACUCGAACCCGCGGGUGACUCAUCAAUGCGGAUCGAGUGGUUCAAGGACGGAAGAGCCCUUGAAGCGAGCUCGAGAACCCAAACAAUGUACAGCUUCGGUUACGUGUCUCUUAGAAUUUCGCAAGUUGAAGAGAGAGACUCCGGCGUGUACGUGGUCACAGCCACGAAUAAGUUGGGUUCGACAAGCGCGACAGCGAGCUUGUCUUGCUUCAGUACCAAGACCGAGAUAUAUGACACUAUUCAAAAGCAGCAAGAAAGAGGCCUGGAGAGAAUUCAACAUCUCGAAGAUUACACACGAUACGAUCGAAAGAACGAGGAGGAGAUUUACGCGAUAACUCAACGACCUCAGUUCCUCGACAACCUCAGAGGAGGAGAGGUUUUCAUCGAGGGACAGAGUGCUCAUUUCGAAACGAGAUUGGAGCCCAUGGGAGACCCGUCCAUGGUUGUUGAAUGGUACCACAACGGUAAACCCCUGACUACCGGUCAUCGUUUCAAAACCUAUUCAGAUUUCGGAUACGUGGCAUUGGACAUCCUCCACGUGAACCCGGACGACAGCGGAACGUUCACGGUGGUCGCGAGGAACAGAUCGGGCGAAGCUCGCUUAACGAAGAGCAUCAACGUCGAGCAACAGACUUCGAUCGAUACGACCUCCAUCACUGACAUCUCGUCGGUCGAACGAACGCAGAGAACUGUGCAGCGCGAAGAGAUCGACGACGUGUCGCGCUCGAAGCCCUACUUCACCGUUCCUCUCCGAGACAUCCACAAGCCAAUGAAUGAAGGAGAAAACGUUUUCCUCGAGUGCAAAGUCGAGCCAGCGAACGAUCCCACACUGCGUAUCGAAUGGCUCCACAACGGGAGACCUCUCCCGAGUGCUUCACGAAUCGUCACAAAGAGCGAUUUCGGUCACAUAAUCCUCCAGAUCACCGGACUCACAGAGCAGGACUCCGGUCAGUACACGGUCCGAGCGACGAACCAUCUCGGUACGACGAUCACGUCCUCGUCGAUCAAAGUCAUCGGAAAAUCCGGCGUGGUUUCCGAGAGCCAGUAUCCCGAGGGCCUGGAGAAGAUCCAGAGACUGGAACAGAGACAGCGUCGAAAAGAGGAGGAUUUCACACCAACGUUCGGCCGUCCCGAGUUCAAGAAAGUCCUCCACAACAUCGAGACCGCCGAAGGGAUAAACGUUCAUCUUGAGUGCCGACUCGAACCCGCUCAGGAUCCUUCGUUGCGAGUCGAGUGGUUUAAGAACAAUGCCCCCAUCACCGUCGGUCAUCGGUUCAGACCGGCUCAUGAGUUCGAUUACGUCGCGCUCGAUAUUCUCUCGGCGUACGCGGAGGAUAGCGGGGUCUAUACUUGUCGUGCGAUCAACCGACAGGGCGAGGCAUCGACAUCGAGUGCGGUGAAAGUUAUCGCGACUCAGGAGCUGAUUGUCGACAGCCAGAAUCCCGAAGCUAUGACCCAGAUCGAGUUCCUCGAACGCAAAGGUGUCCGUGAAUCCUACUACGAGGAUCUUCUCAAAACGAAACCGAAAUUCCUCACCGAGCCGAAAGCCUUGUCCCUCAGCGAAGGUCAGACCGCUCACUACGAAUGUCGACUCGAGCCCGUGAACGAUCCGGAUCUGAAAGUCGAAUGGUUCAAGGACGGUCGACCUCUUCCGAUCGGCCACCGUUUCCGACCGUUCCACGAUUUCGGAUACGUCGCUCUGAACAUACUUUCGGUCUCUUCGGUGGACAGCGGUCGCUACACGUGCCAGGCGACAAAUAGUCUCGGAAGCGCUGAAGUGACCACGACACUGAGCGCAACCGAUGGGUCGACGAUCAUCACCACCAGCGAGAACCCGGAGAGCAUCUCCAAGAUCGCGCAGCUCGAAGGACAUCGCUUCGUCCGCGAGGAAUUCACCGACCAGGCGAUCACGACCGCCCCGGUAUUCACCUCGGCGCCGCAGAACGCCACGGUCGUGGAAGGCAAACGAACGCAUUUCGAAUGCCGAUUGAUCCCUGUCGGCGAUCCGAAACUCAAAGUAGAGUGGUUCCACAACGGUCAGCCAGUGAAACAAGGCAGUCGUUUCGUCGAGCUAUUCAACUUCGGCUUCGUCGCGCUCGACAUAAUGACCACCUACGCAGAAGAUUCCGGCGUUUAUACGUGCAAAGCCACGAACGCCCUGGGCGAGGCCGUGGUUUCGUGCUCCCUGAGUUGUUCCGCGCAACAGAGCCUGAUCUUGGACGCCCAACAGCCCGAAUCUCUCGCUCAGAUCCGCCAGUUGGAAGAUCAUUCGCGCCACCAAAGGAAAUCCUACCAUGAAGAGGUCCAGCAGCAGGCGCCGGUGUUCUCCAAUCCGAUGCGUAACGUGAACACGAAGGAAAGCGAGAACGCUCACUUCGAGUGUCGUCUAAACCCGUUGGGCGAUCCUAAAAUGAAAAUCGAGUGGCUGAAGAACGGCAUGCCGCUCGACCAGUCCUCUCGCAUAAGCACCGUCAGCGACUUCGGUUACGUGGCGCUAGACGUCAAGGGAACAAAAGUCGAGGAUUCCGGCACUUACACAUGCCGUGCCGUAAAUGAAAUCGGAGAAGCUGUCUGCUCGGCCCAGCUCGUGGUCGAGGGCGGGAGCUCUCUGAUUCUCGAAUCGCAGCAGCCGGGGAGUCUUCCUGCGAUCCAGCAGCUGGAGCUCGGACGACCGCGCGUGGCCAAGCAGGAAGACGUUGCCUGCAAAUCGGCUCCCCGAUUCGUAACUCAGCUGACCGGACCGAGCCAGGUCACGGAAGGUCAAUCCGCUCACUACGAAUGUCGUCUCGAGCCGUUCCCCGACCCGACGAUGAAGUACGAGUGGCUGCACAACGGCAGAGCCCUCGAGCAGGGCCAUCGAUUCCGAACGAUCACCGACUUCGGUUUCAUCGCGCUGGACAUUCUGUCGGCGCGACCAGCCGACAGUGGCGAAAUUUCGAUACGAGCGUCGAACAAACUGGGACAAGCGGUCUCGCAGGUGAAACUGCAGGUCGCCGCGACCGGCAGCCUCGUGCUCGAGUCGCAACAGCCGGAAUCGCUCGAUGCGAUCCGCCGACUUGAGGGCAGCGUCGGGUAUCAGAGACAGGAGUUCAUCGAGAAACAGGUGAACGAGCGACCGCAGUUCGUUCGCGGACUCUACAACCUCGAGAACCUCGUCGAAGGUCAGAGCGCGCACAUGGAGGCAACCCUGACCCCGACAAGCGACCCAAGCAUGAAAGUCGAGUGGUUCCACAACGGGAUGCCGAUCUCGGUCGGAUCCCGCCAUCGACUGGUCAACGAUUUCGGCUACGUCGCCCUCGAUAUCAACAGCGUACAGCCGCGCGACAGCGGCGUGUACAUGUGUAGAGCCACGAACAAGCUCGGGGAAGCGGUGACGUCCUCGUCGGUCCGGGUAUCCGGCCACGCUAGCAUCAUCACCGAUUCGAACAUAAGCGAGGGCGGUCUUCAACGGUUGCGUACACUCGAUCAGCCGAUCGCCCAGUCUCGGGAAGAGAAGCCCAUCCAGCAAACGAAACCGGUGUUCACCCAGCCGCUGAGCUCGCUCGACAACCUCGUCGACGGUCAACCUAUUCAUCUCGAGUGUCGUCUCGAGCCGACAAACGACCCGAGGCUCAAGGUCGAGUGGUUCGUCAACGGGGUCGAGAUCAAGCAGGGCUCUCGAUUCAGGACGACCAACGAUUUCGGAUACGUAGCCCUUGACAUCCUGCAUUGCUACGGUGAGGACUCCGGGACGUACAUGUGCAAGGCGAGCAACCAGCUCGGAGAGGCCGUGACUACCUGCAACGUGAAAGCAGUGAACCGUCGUGGUCUCAUCCUGGACUCGCAACAUCCAGAAAGUGUGCAGAAAAUCCAAGAGCUCGAGUCGAUCGAAAAAUUCCGCAAGACAGAAAUCGAGGAGAAACCCGUUUCGAAACCCGUUUUCAUCACUGAACUCCGCGGCCACACCCAACUCGUCGAGGGCCAGACGGCCCACAUGGAAUGCCGCGUGGAACCGGCUCACGAUUCGGCGUUGAAGAUCGAAAUUCUCUUCAACGGAAAACCGAUCCCGGCCGCGAACAAAACGCGGGUGACCACCGACUUCGGAUACGUCGCGCUCGAUAUCGCUCACGUGUAUCCCGAAAACAGCGGGCGAUACACCGUGCGCGCGACGAACAAAUUGGGUUCGGCCGAGACAGCUCUCGACGUGCAGGUCAGCGGCAAGUCGUCCGUGCAGCUCGAGAGCUUGAACCCUCAGUCGAUGCAGAGCAUUCGAGAAAUCGAAGGGAAAACCUACAAGACCGAGCACGAGAUCGCCGCGCCGGUAUUCCAACGACCGGAGUUCACGCAACCCCUGACCAACGUCAGCCUCGUCGAGGGACAGGCGUGCAGUCUCCAGGCCCGUCUGAUUCCGGUAGGGGACCCUUCGAUGAAGGUCGAAUGGCUCCUGAACGAUCAGCCCGUGAGCGAGGGCUCACGCAUCCACACCGUCAAGGAUUUCGGCUGCAUGCGUCUGACCAUCGAUUACGUGAGAGCCGAAGACGAAGGCGUGUACACGUGCCGAGCCACGACCUCGCAGGGUCAGGCCGUCACGUCGAGCAACGUCCGCGUCCAGGCCAAGGAACGACUCCAACUACAGUCGCAGCAGCCGCAAAGUCUCGAGGCGAUCCGCAGUCUCGAGGGCGGCAAGGUCGUUCAGUACCGGGAAGUUCCCGAUGCGGUGUUCGAGCGGCCCGUCUACACGCAGCUACUGACCGGACCUUCAGAGGUCAACGAGAACGCCCCCGUCCACAUGGAAUGUCGCUGCACGCCGAUCGGCGAUCCCGACCUGAAGAUCCAGUGGUUCUGUAACGGCAACCUAAUCGAAAACGCUUCCCGCAUGACGUUCGGCAAAGAUUUCGGCUUCAUCACCCUCGACAUACUGUCGGCCCGGGGCGAGGACUCCGGAGUCUACAUGUGCAAGGCCGUCAACAAGGCGGGAGAAGCCAUUACCACGAUGUCGCUCCGAGUGAAAACGAAAGCGUCCGUCCAGGAGGAGGCUCUCCAUCCCGAGGCGUACCGUAUCAUGCAACAGUACGAGUACGAGCUCAGUCGACGAGCCCCCGAAGAACGCACCGAAGUGCCGAUGCCGAGUCCGAUGUUCGUGCAGCAGCUGAACUCGGUCUCGAACGCUGCCGAGGGCCAGUACAUCCGUCUGGAAGGUCGUAUCGAGCCGUCGAAAGAUUCCAAGAUCAAAGUCGAGUGGUUCAAGAACCAGCAGCCGCUCACGCUCGGGUCGAGGAUCAAGGCGACCCACGAUUUCGGUAUGGUCUCCCUGGACAUCAGCAACACACGUCCGGACGAUUCGGGACUGUACGUCUGCCGCGUGUCCAACCAGUCGGGCGAGGCGCUCUCGACCUGCACCAUCAAGGUCGAGGGCAGCGCCGGCCUCCUCCUCGGUUCCCUACAGCCGGAGAGUUUGGAGCGGAUUCGCGAAAUGGAAUCCUACCAGGCCCCCGCCCCUCGCCAAAUCGCCGAGCCCGUGUUCGAGAUGCCGGUUUUCGUGUCGCACAUCAACGAUCUCGAACUCGUCGAGGGACAACACGCUCGCUUCGAAUGCCGGGUGGAGCCGGCCAAGGAUCCCACGCUGAGGAUCGAGGUUCUACAAAAUCAGAAAACGCUCCGCACGGGCUCUCGGAUCACGACGAAGAUCGACUUUGGGCUCGUCACCAUCGACAUCCAGGGCGUGACUUCGAACGACGCCGGCAUCUACGCGGUGCGUGCCAAGAACAGCAAAGGCGAGGCCACGACGACCGCGUCUCUGAAAGUUGUCGACAAGGCCUCUGUCCAAUUGGACACGCUCCAUCCAACCGGAGCUCAGGGUCUAUCGAGCAUUCGGAAAGUCGAAGAUCAGUGGAGUUCCAAGUAUCAGGCGCCGAAGGCGGCGCCGGAGAAAGUUUUCCCGAAGCCUGUGUUCACCGAAGCGCUCAAGCCCCACCUCACCGUCAACGAAGGUCAGGUGGUCGUUCUCGAGUGCCGGGUCGAACCUUCCACCGAUCCCGAUCUCAACGUCGAGGUGUUCUUCAACGGCACGGUGCUCUCCGAAGCGAACCGCUUCCGCUGGACCAACGAGUUCGGGUACAUCAAUCUCACAGUGAGAGAUUUCUGGUCACGCGACUCGGGAGUUUACACCAUCCGCGCGAAGAACAAGGCCGGAGAAGCUUUUACAACCACCACGAUCGAAUGCGUUUCCACAACGAGCGUCGUCGAAACGACACAGCACCCCGAGGGGACGAAAGGACUCGAGUCCAUCCAGUUGCUCGAGGAAUCGAUGAUGAGGACGACCGAGGAAAUCACCGAGGAGAAGGGGCACGCCCCCCAGUUCACGUCCCAGUUCACGAAUCUCACCGAUAUGACCGAAGGCGAAGUCGCCCAUUUCGAAGCAAUGCUCUCGCCGGUCGGAGAUCAGACCAUGAAAGUCGAAUGGCUGUUCAACGGUCGCUCGAUCGAAAUGGGCCAUCGGAUCCGUACGGUCCACGCUUUCGGCGUCGUGCUGCUCGAGAUCCUCGGGGUCGUCGUCGAGGACUCGGGCACCUACACGUGCAAAGCGAAGAACAAGUGGGGUGAGACCGAGAUCAGCGUUCAUCUGAAAUGCAUUGACAAGCAGAAAGGGGAGCGGCCGGUCUUCAAGAAACAGCUCAAGGACGUCACCAAGCUCCGAGAAGGCGAGAGCGUCCACAUGGAAUGCAACGUCACCCCCGUCGGCGAUCCCGACCUGCGGGUGGAAUGGUUCAAAAACGGAAAACCCCUACCGGAAAGCUCGCGAAUAAAGACGCUGUCCGACUUCGGUUUCGUGGUCAUGGAUAUUUCCUAUGUGCAUCACGAGGACUCGGGUGAAUACGUGUGCGUAGCCACGAACAAGUACGGCUCAGAUACCACAAAGUGCACGAUCGACUGCGCGAGUUCCGGAAAAAUUUUCCUCGACUCGCUGCAGCCACGAAGCAUGGAGCAGAUCACUCGAAUGGAAGGAAUGAAAUCUCGCUCGGUGACGAGGGUCGAGUCGUCCAUCCAGACGGCGCCGAAGUUCACUUCCCACAUUCAGAACGUCACGAACUUGGUCGAGGGACAGAGCGCUCACUUCGAGUGUCAGCUGACGCCGAUCAACGACCCUGAUCUAAGGAUCGAGUGGUACGUCAACGGCCAAUUGAUGCGUUCGGGACACCGCUUCCGAACCUUCCAUGACUUCGGAGUGGUCGUCCUCGACAUUCUCUAUUGUUACGGAGAGGACUCCGGAGAAUGGGUUUGCAAGGCGACCAACAAGUUCGGCACCGAUGUCACGAGAGCAACGCUCUCGUGUAAAUCGAAAUCAACUCUCGUACUGGAUUCGCAACUUCCGGUCGAGAUGUCCGGUGGUCAGAAGAAACUCACGCAGCUCGAAAGGUCCUUGAUGAGAAGCGUCUCGACAGUUUCCGUGGGCGACGUCCAGGAAGCGCCGGUCUUCACGAAACCCUUGGAGGACCUGACCAAACUCCGCGAAGGGGAGAACGCUCACUUCGAGGCUCGGAUCACACCGACCCACGAUUCCGAUCUGACGGUCGAGUGGUUCAAGGACGAAAAGACGCUCAUGUCGGGAACCCGGAUCCGGACCAUAAACGAUUUCGGCUUCGUCAUCCUGGAAAUUUCCCCCGUCUACCCCGAGGAUUCCGGGACGUACACGUGCAAGGUGCGAAAUCGUUUCGGUGAGGCCGUCAGCAGCUGCUCGAUGUGCUGCGAAGGAAAGCAAGGGAUAAUUUCCGAGAGCCAACUGCCGACAGACAUGAGGAGCGGCAUUCAGAAGAUAGCCCAAAUCGAGGCGUCACGUCUCACGAUGCACCAGACUCGAGUCGAAACACGUGAAGUUCCGAUGGGACCUCCUCAGUUCUUGAGUUCCCCGUCGGAUUUAUCUCUGAACGAAAACGCUCUGGCCCAUUUCGAGUGUCGGGUUGGGCCUGCCAACGACGCGACUCUGCGCGUCGAUUGGUUCCACAACGGCAAGCCGUUGGUCACCGGUUCCCGCGUGAAGAGCAUCUCCGAUUUCGGCUACGUCAUUCUGGAGAUCGCCGGAGUUUUCGAUCGCGACGCGGGCGUCUACACGUGCCGAGCCGUGAACAAAGAGGGCGAAGCGUCGGUGAACUGCCAACUGAGCAUCAAGAGCAAGCAGUCGAUCGUAGUAGAAUCUCAGCUGCCGAAAGGUUUCUCCGGGGAGGGCAUCAAGAUCCUCGAAGAUUCGCGUUUCCAUCAGACGACGAAAGUCCAGGACGACGAACGCAAGGAGGCGCCGAAAUUCGUCACUCAGCUGUCGGCCACCUACGAACGAGUGGAGGGAGACAACGCUCACUUCGAGUGCAAACUCCUUCCGGUCGGAGACGCUUCGAUGAGAGUGGAAUGGUUCGUGAACGGCAAGCCAUUGAUAACCGGCUCCCGGGUGCACACGGUCGACGACUUCGGCUUCGUAGUUCUCGAGAUCGAUUGGCUCUUCCCGCGAGACAGCGGCGAAUACAUGUGCCGAGCGACGAACAAAUGGGGCUCGGACGUCACCAAGUGCAACUUGACUGUCAAAGGAAAGGCUAACAUAAUUCUCGAAUCGCAACUCCCUCAAGGCAUCGAUAUCGGUCGCCUGCGGGAUUUGGAGAACCCACCGAUGCACGAAACUCCGGCGCAAGACAAACCGAUCACGCCGCCACGAUUCGUCACUCAGAUCCAGCCCCAGCAUUCUCUGAAAGAGGGCGACAGCGCCCAUUUCGAAUGCCGACUCGAACCCACGAACGAUCCGAAAUUACGCGUCGAAUGGUUCCACAACGGCAAGCCGCUCAUCUCGGGUCAUCGGUACAAGACAACGCACGAUUUUGGCUUCGUCGCCCUGGAUAUACUCUACUGCUAUUCAGAGGAUUCCGGCGAGUACAUCGCCCGAGCAUUCAGUGAGCUCGGUGAAGAUUUCACUAAAACUACCCUGGAAUGCAGCGGGAAACCAACGCUGGACUACAGGACCCAACUGCCGAUGACCAUGAAAGACGGUGUGAAGAAAAUCGCCGAGAUGGAGAUUGUCAAACAGAAAACCGAGAGUAUCAUCGAACAAGCACCGGAGAGGCUUGCACCGAUUUUCGUGAUGAAACCCGAACCGCAAGUUGUCAAUGAGGGCGAUUGGGCUAAAUUCCAAUGUCGAGUGAUCGGACACCCGAAACCUCGGCUGAUCUGGGUGUUGAAUGGAAACACUGUAGUAAAUGGUUCCCGAUGCAAGUUGACGUAUGACGGAAUUUACCACCUUGACAUACCCAAAAGCCGACAAUACGAUGCUGGAAAGAUCGAAGUUUUUGCGCGAAACGCCGAGGGCGAAGCCUAUUGUUCCACAACAUUAGAGGUGCGUCAGCAUCAGAGCGAUUAUCGCGCGGUGCUUAAGCAGUCUCCGAACCCGUGGUACGAUCGGGACAUCCACAGCUACCAAGUAGACCGACAAAAGAAGGAAGAGAAGCGUGUGUUCGAAGAAGUGCUUCCGGGUGGUCAGGAAGUCGAUAUUUGGAAAACUGAGAGAACAUCUCACGGUGAGAAACAACAGAUUAAACAACAUCUGACCUCCGAAGAACUGGACAAGAUGCAUUCGGCAACUGUCACGACUAAAUCGUCGACCAUGGAGGAGAAGAGCGCCACUAUCCAGCAUCUCAGCAAUCAGCAGCGAAUCAUCCAACAGCAGCAGCAGUUACGCCAGAACUUCCUUCUGCAAAGACAACAAGAGCAGCAGCAGCAACAAAAACAGUCCCAACAUCUCAGACAGCAGACUCAACGAGUGUCUACCGAAACGGGACAGUCCACAGCUUCCACCGUUCAAGGAAAAGAAGUCACGCAAACGGUGCAACAGCAAACCCAGAAGCAAUAUCAGGGAGAUGUUGAGGUCCACAAACGGAAGCAAGUCACCGAGACGGUCGAACAGGGUCACAAAGGUGUCACGGAAGAACGGAUCGUGCCGGGACCGGUCAAGCCUAGCGUACCCCCGCAGUUCUCGAAGAAGAUUCAGCCCUGUCGAUCGGUUGAGGGAGAGAGCGCUCAGUUCGUUUGUGAGUUCACCGGUGAACCCGCACCGGAAAUCACCUGGUACAGGGAGAACUUCACGAUCAAAAAUUCCAAAGACUUCCAGAUCGUGACAACCUCGACCAAAUCCACGUUGACCAUCCGGGAAGUUUACGUUGAAGACAGUGGAGUUUUCUCCGUGAAGGCUGAAAAUGUGGGCGGUACCGCUAAGACCUCGGCGAACCUCGUGGUCGAGGAACGACCGGAGGCAGGAGCCGGGGUCGUACCUCCAAACUUCACGAAAACCAUUCAAUCCCAGAGAAGCAAACAGGGAAUGAACAUCAAGCUCUCAGGAUGUAUAUCGGGUGGCAGACCCAUGGACAUCUAUUGGCUCCGAAGCGGACAGAAGAUCACGGAAGAUGCGACGCAUAAAAUCCACGAAGACGCCGACAUGUGUACCCUGGUCGUUCUGAACGCCACGCCCGAGGAUUCGGGCAACUAUGAAUGCGUUGCCAUGAACAAAGCCGGUGAAGCUCGCUGCAUUGCUCAGAUUGUCGUAGAGCCCACUGCCAGUGGUGCCCGUUCUGUUUCGCAACCGCAGUUGCAGCAGAGUGUUGAUACGUCAGCCAAAGGACCCCAGGUCAGCGAAGGCAUCAAGGACGUCACUGUCAAACAAGGUCAACCUGUGACCUUCCGCUGUCGGAUUCCAGCAUCGCCGACCGCUCAAGUGAGGUGGUAUCGAGGGGACAAUCUCAUCAAGCAAUCGCGUUACUACAAAAUCUCCGGCGAGAACCACAACUACACGCUGAAGAUUUUGGAGGCUUUCCCCGAAGACGAAGGGGUAUACAGAUGCGAGGCCACCAACCGAGCUGGAACCGCCUCGACGACGGCCAACCUAAAAGUCAUCGUUUCCGAUGGGACCGAGAGACCACCCGUGCUGGGGUCUCUGUCUGACCUCUCCGUCGACGAAGGCCAACCCGCCACAUUCUCCCUGCCUGUGGAAGGCCAUCCUAGACCGAAGGUCGCCUGGUAUCAAGGUGGUCAGGUUGUGCGUCCCACGAGGGAUUUCCAGAUCACACAAACUGACGACAGUUGCUCCCUGGUGAUAAAGCGUGCCCUACCCGCUGACGCAGGCACUUAUACGUGUCGGGCAACUAACGCAGGGGGACAGGCGGAAGCAUCCGCUAAACUCACAGUGACGCGUAAGGGUCCGAAGUAA